AUGGGCGGGGGGCCCCCCCCACAGUGGGGUGGGGGGCCCCCUCCACCACCCCCACCACCACCGCAGCAUGGGGGCCCCUGGAAAGGAGCAGCAGCAGCAGCAGCAGCAGCAGCAGCAGAGGGUACACCCAAGCGCUUUCAUAGGGGCGGAGAUAUGGAUAGCGGCAGGGGGGGCCCCCUAAAGGAAGGGUUUAAACCCUUCGAUGAUAGAAGGGGGGGGCCCCCUUCAUCUCGUCAAGGGGGGCCCCCUCGUGAUUUCUAUGACGCUAUAAAACAACACACACCGAACCCAGCUCCUGUUGGGGGCCCCUGGGGGGCCCCCCAACCAAACCCAAAUAGUAAGAGCUGGGGUCAGGGUGGGGGGGGCCUCUCCCCUAGCGACAGAGCGUCAGCAGGGGGCCCCUCUCCUCCUUUCUCUCUAUCGAAGGAGAAUGGGGGCAGAGGGGGUUGGGGUGGUGGUAGCUGGGAGAGUAGGGGGCCCCCAGGGGGGGGCCCCCCUGGUGAUUGGGGUCAGGGGCCCCCGGGGGCAGGAGGAGGGGGCCCCCAGGGGCCCCCAAGAGCUGACGGCCGGGGGGGGCCCCUGAAAAGACAUAAAGCUGCAUAUGAUAGUAACUAUAGUGGAGGGGAUUGGAAUGGGGGGCCCCCCAUGAAAGAACAUUCAAGGGGAGGGGGGGGCCCCCCUGAUUGGGGGUACCAGCGAGGAGGAGGUGCUGGGGGCCCCGGGGGCCCUGGGGGCCCCGGGGCCCCCGCCUAUGAUAGCUUUGCUGCGCACCGCAACGCAGACAACAUGGGGGGCCCCCCACCCUUCCGUGGGGGCCCCCCUCAACUAUCAUACAGCCGUGAUGGGGGCCCCCCUCGUGAGAACCAGUUUGGGGGCCCCAGGGGCCCCGGUAUGGGUGGGGGCCCCCCUCAUCACCAGCAGCAGCAGCAGCAGCAGCAGCACGGGUUCGGUGGGUACUCGGGUAACCAUAUGCAGCAGCAGCAGCAGCAGCAGCAGCAAGGGAUGCCCCCGUAUGGUGGCGGCUCUGCUGCGUUUCAUGGUGGGGGGGGCCCUGAGUAUGGGGGCCCCCAGCAGCAGCAGCAGCAGUACACGCAGCAGCAGGGGUACAUGUAUUCCCAGCAGCAGCAGCAGCAGCAGCAACAGCAGCAGCAGCAGCAGCAGGAGCCUGUACCUGCGUACGUGAUGCAGCUGCUGCAGCAGCAAGCAGCACAAAGGGGGGCCUCGGUAGACCCUAGUGUUCUCGCUCAGCUGUAUACACAGUACUAUCAAUCCUUUCUUUCUUCUAUGUCUUCUGCUGGGGGGCAGCAGCAGAUGCUGCAUCAGCAGAUGAUGCAGUAUAUGCAGCAGCAGCAGCAGCAGCAGCAACAGCAGCAGCAGCAACAACCUGCACACUGA